CCCUCAUGUGUGUCCUCCCCCUCACCAAAUAUCCCGCCGGCCGCCCCCAACCUUUUCCCUUCCCCAGGCACUUUCGAAAACCACUCCCCCUCCCCACCGUCGAAGUUUGCCCCCUCCCAACUCGUCCCCCACAACCGGCGUCCUCACCCCCACAACCGGCGGCCUCACCCUCACAACCGGCGGCCUCACCUCAAAUCGAACGAGUUCGGAAACCCAAGGAAGGAACCACCGUCGUGCACUGUUCACCACCGUCAAACGAACCACCCUCAUGAAGGUUUUAAGGUCCAUUGUUCAAGCUUAAAACAUAUGGCUGAAAGGUCAUUCGAAGUUCAAAUUCCAUUUUGCAAGCACUUUCCAGCCCAGUUAUCUAUGUGCUCAUAUUUCAGAGAGGCUGUAAGCUUGGUCAAAGCUGCGCUGACAAAGGAUCAAUUAGAAGAAUUUAAGAACUUUGCAGAAGUUCUUAAAUGGGAAAGGACUUCGCAGAGCAUCUUUUAAUGGGAAAGGACUUGCUUCCAGGUUGUGAGUAUGCCAACAUGUGGAACAAGAGAUGCCAAUAUGCUGUUCGAUUGUGGGGAGUGAAGAAGGUGG